AUGAGUGGAUUGACGCCUAAUGCCUUUGCGAAUGAGCCCUCGGGGCUGCAAGACGUCUUGGCGUUUAUCGCCGACUUUGAGAUGGAAGACAGUCAUGACAGUGACGACUGGAUGGAGGACGAUGCGUCAAUGUCGGGACAGGGCAAAACACAAGACACUCAACUCGAAGAGCUCUUCGUGGACAGCGGUACAAACAGCAACAAACCGGAUAAGGUGGUGGUACCUUCCAAUGCCACUGUGGCUACGUCAAUAAUGCCUCGGCGACACCGUGUGAGUCGCAAGGAAGAGUUGGAUUAUUUGCGAAAAAAAGUUACAGAAAUGGAAGAUAAACUCGAAAAGCUCAAGAACCAGGGGGAGGGCGAUGGUGCUUCUCCUCCUGUUGCACCUGUGGCCCCAGAGGAUGUACAAGCAGCCAUGCAACUAGAACAGUAUGUUGCAUUAUGGAAGAAGAUGGCUCAGCGACAGAAAAGUCAGCGAGAACUGGUCGAAUCUGAGAACACCAAACUGCGUGAGAAGCUCAAGACGCAAGUGCGCAUGGCCAAGAGCUUGCAGCGUAUUCUACGUAAAAGAGAGCGAGCAGCCGAAGAGAGUCGCCGAAACGGUUUAAACAACUACCCGAAGCUGCUUCGACACUCAUUAUACGCUGUUACGAACGAACGCGUCGCACUCUGCCCUGUGGCGUCAGGUGCCGAGCCAGUUCUGCGCAAGCAAGACGUCAAGUACAAUGACUUCACGGGAAUGUCUCUGGAGUUUCUACAUAGUAAGCUGGUGCCUUUCGAUGUGGCUGCUGUGAAUCGUGCGUCAUGGCGUCAUAUGAGCGAGCCUGGUAUCAAGUUCAACGCAUACUUUGAAGAGUCUGCUAAUAUGACAGAAAACACGGUAAUGCGGAAGUUUGGCGUCGAGAUUAAGCUGGACACGCGUACUGCCAAGAUGGGCGGAAGGCAAGCUAUCCGCCGAUACGUCGAAAGCGACCGCAUAGUGGUCGUGCGCGAGUCCAUCAUCGACCGGGCGGAGCUUGGAGGCGCUGCUGCUCCAGGAUUUCGAGACGUUGGCUGGCUUGUGUUGAAAGAUGUGACGGGCCAAACCUCGGCUUCCGGGCCCAUGACACUAAUUAAAUCAUACUCGACACUCACCCCCGACUUGGACUUGGACUCGACGUGGGAAGUGGCUCGGGACACGAAGAAGUCCCCCGGGCGACCGCGAGUUAGUCGCAAAGAGGAACUCGAGUACUUGCGCUUGAAGGUGACGGAGAUGGAGAAUAAGCUGCACGAGUUGAAAGAGAAGCCACACAGUGCUUCUCCUCAUCCGAUGACCAUUAACAACCAACAACUUUCAAUGGAGGUCGAUAAUUCCAUUGCUCUUUGGAAGACCAUGGCUGAGCGUCAGAAAGCCCAACGUGAGCAGGUCGAGGUUGAGAAUGCCAAGCUACGCGAGAAGCUCAAGACUCAGGUUCGAAUGGCGAAAAAUCUCAAGCGGAUCCUCUCCAAGCGCACGCGAGGUUUCGAAAGCCCCGAAGAGAACGAAGCCACUGUUGCGCGGUGUGAAUAG